AUGUGGGGAAGACAAAUAGUUUUAAAGAUUUUUUUUUUGGUCUUAUCAUGUGUUAUAGUGAUCGAAACAGAAAGAAUUGAUAUUUGCUUUAUACCAUGCACAAGAAGGUACGGAGAUUAUGAAUGUUGGUUUGAUUGUACUUACAAUAGGUAUAAAGAAGGAGGGUGUGUUGAAGAUGUUGUUGUAAAACAUAAUAGGAACCGACCAACGUUUCGAGCUGUUGAAUUAUGUUUUUUUAGCAUCAAAUUUAUGUAUGAUUUUUCAAUGAAAUAA